AGGACUUCUGUAUACCGACUCAUGGAUCCUGAAAGAUGUCCCCGAACCGAUCCUUUACCUCAACGGCGAAAUCGGAAUUGGUCCCGACUUCAGGAGCUACUAUGCCAUCCCAGUCAAUAAACCCAUGAGCGCGUAUCACCGCACGUCUUGAGAUCAUCCGUGAUCUUUCAAGCCACUUGACUCACACCAGCCUGUACUACUGAUGUCCCAAGCUGCGGCCAAGAGUUUGUGGCAGGCGCAAGGCCUCCCUUCUGAAUCGCUCUCGCACCUGCUUCUCACUCCGAAACCUGAUCCUGCAGUGAACUCAUCGUUUAAAUUAGGAACUGCAGCACAGACAGCAAUCGGGUUGUCAGGCUUGGGAGCGACCCACUUCCAUCAGUUACGCACAGGCGUCGAGCAGACUGUUCAAGUCGACGCUCGACAUGCAGUGCUAGAGUUCAAGAGCGAGGCAUGGUAUACGAUCAACGGAGAGCUGCCAUCUGGCGCCCUGUUCGAUGAACUGGCGGGACUGUACAAGACGAAGGACGACAGCUACGUGCGACUGCACACCAACUUCCCUCACCACCGUCGAGGCAUCCUCGACAUUCUCCAAUGUGAACCAACCAACCAAGCCGUAGCGGAAGCGCUGCUGAAAUGGAAUGCCGUCGAGUUCGAGACCGAGGCAUCCUCCCGGAAGAUGGUCGCCACCGCAUUGAGGUCAUUCGACGAGUGGGAUCGGCACCCGCAGGGCAAGGCCCUAGCCAACACGCCUCCCGUGCAGCUCAUAAAGAUUGCAGAUGCGCCGAAGCGAGAAGCGCAUGGGAGUUAUACCAGGCCACUCGAAGGUAUCCGCGUCUUGGACUUGACGAGAGUCCUAGCAGGACCUGUCUGUGGCCGGACGUUGGCAGCGCACGGAGCUGACGUACUCCUCAUCACCUCGCCUAGACUGCCCGCUCUUCCUUUUCUCGAUGCCGACACUUCGCGUGGGAAGCGCACGACACAGCUCGACCUCACUGCUUCACAGGAUCGCGCAACGCUUGCGUCGCUCGUCGCGGACGCCGACGUCUUUCUGCAGGCGUACCGACCACGUGGGCUCCAAGAGAAGGGCUUUGGGCCAGAGGACGUCGCCCAGGCGCGUCCGGGAAUCGUGUAUGCGAGUUUGACGGCGUAUGGGUGGGAAGGUCCGUGGAAAGACCGACGUGGCUUCGACUCGCUGGUACAGACCGCUACAGGAUUCAAUGUGGCUGAAGGCGAUGCCUUUGCCACCUAUACGGGUGGCACUGAACUUCCAACUCCCAAAGUACUGCCAAUGCAGGCUCUUGACCAUGCUGCAGGAUAUCUGCUGGCCUUCGGGAUCAACGCGGCGCUAUGCAAAACGUUGACGGAAGGUGGCUCAUGGGAAGUCCGGGUGUCCCUUGCAGCCAUGGGCCAUUGGAUUCGUUCGCUGGGCCGCCUAGAUCCUGAGACGGCAUUUGGAAGGGGUCUACCAUUUCCUCGUAGUAUGGUACCGCAAGAUCCAGAGAUCGCUGCGUUGGCCACGGAGUUGGUCCAAUCCGAUGGAGACACAGGGAAACUGGAGGAUCUUAAAACAAUGCAAGCCAUUAGCCACGCCGCAAUCUUGUCGAAGACGCCAGUCCAGGAGGGUCGCGCUCCAUUGCGCCUGAAUGCUCAUGUUCCUCAAUGGUUGCCGCGGGCUGCGUAG